AGGCUAAGUUGCUCAGUCGUGUCCAACUCUCUGUGACCCUAUGGACUGUUGCCCCCCAGGCUCCUCUGUUCAUGGGAUUCUGCAGGCAAGAAUACUGGAGUGGGUUGCUAUGCCCUCCUCCAGGGGAUCUUUACCACCCAGGGACUGAACCCAUGCCUGUUAUGUCUCCUGCAUUGCAGGCAGUUCUUUACUGCUAAGCCACCAGGGAAGCCCUGCAUCUUGGUAACUCCUUAUUACUUAUCUUUCCUUGAAUAGUGAGAUAAUUCAAUUUGUAAAAUAGCCCCUUUACUGCUGUUGAAUCACUUCUGUUCCCAAGCCACUAGAGCGCUCAUCAGAUCUGUCCCUAGCUUAGCACAGACUGUAUAUGUGGAAGGGGGUGGGCAUCUGUGGACCUGUGGGCAGACAGCUGAGGCUGGAGGGAGAGGUGGUGGUUGUGAGUGCUUCUGAGUGUUGUGCAAAAAUUUUUGUGCGCCUCUCAAAGGGGUCUGUGACCUGAGACCAUGACCUAAAGAAAGUUUUAUAAAUCACUGAAUUAACAUUGUUGAUUUAUCAUGUGACUUCUACCCCAACAGGAAAACUUCAGCAGGAAAUUCUUCUCCUUUUCUACUGAAUUCUUGAAGCUCUGACCCUCACAGUCUAAGUGGAAGUGGUCGGGGAGAAUGAUAGAAAAGAUUAGGUGUGGUUGCAGGAGGAAUUUUAAAUUCCAAAGAAUCUGAAGUACAGGAAAGACACCCUGGAAUUCAGUCCCACUUCUGACAGUUUAUUAGCUAUGGCCUUAGUCAAGUUACUUAGCUGUUCUCUGCCUCAGUUUCCUCUGUAAAAUGAAAGUUUUUGAGAUUUAAAGGGUCAGUUCUAUAAAGCCUGUGUGUAGCUCUAUAUAGGGUGACAGUUACAAGGCAGAAAUCUCAUCCCAUGACUUCAGAUAAUCCUUAACUGAUUCCUCUGUAUCUUUGGACUGAGCUUGUUUUUUAAGACUGGCAGGAUAGGUUGGGCAUCAGACCUGUCUGAUGAUUAAAUUGUACAGUAAAAUUGGGAAUCUUUUUUCCAAAAACCUUAGAGCCAAAAUUACCUUUUCACUGUCAGUUCUCCUUUCUUUAUAUUGCUUAGUAUUCCACACUACCCCUGCACCCCCACACGACUUCUUCAUUUCUAGUAAAAGCUCUUCUAGUUCAAUUCUGUAAAGAAGAAAGGGAGGGAGGGGAAAUGAUCUUCCAAAGUUAAAGGUGGGGAAAAAAAGUGAAAGUGUUGGCCUCUCAGUCGACUUUUCAAGUAAGGCUGUAACUCAGCCUUCUCACCUCUAGAGGGCAGUGUUGGGUACGUUUGCCCAGGGCCACAGCUCGCCAAUGACAAGCUUUCCCUAGCCAAAUGAGAAAAGGGUAACGGCAAACAAUUUAAUUAGUGUCCUUUAUUCUGAUAUUAUGAGCAACUACAAUCUUCCAACUUUUGGGUGUUAAAAUGUCAUUAAAUAACGACCUUUUAAAAUAAAUUGACAACUAAGCAAAAUAUAAAAGAUGGUUGGUUAGUCAGUGUUAUUUCUACAAUUUGAGGAGAAAUUGUUAGACCAAGGAAUCUCGAAGUCUUUGAGCCACUCUUUAGACUCCAUUUCUGCUCUCAUUCCUGAAAGUAAAAGACUUGAGCUUUUGAUCUUGUUUUCUCUCAACGACAAACAACAAACAGGGCUGUGGUAGUUGCGACAGAGAGGAUGAGGCGGAGCUCACCACCGGGAGAAAGCCGGCUGGAUGCCGAGGCCUCUGGUGAAAGCGCCUCGGCGGGCGGGGCGGGCGGGGCGGGCGCGCCUCAGCCCAACGCCUGGGAGUCCUCACCACCUUACACUGUUCCGAACAGCCUGAGGGUCCCACUCCUCGUCUGGCGCGGGCGGAAGGAAAAACAGCCCGUCCUAUCUGCUAGCCGGGGUGGCGCCCGGCCUGCCUUCGCCUCCAGGAGGCGGGCACAGCAGCUGGGAGGCGGUCUGCCGCCCGCCAAUGGCCAGGGGACGAGCCGAGGGGCGAGAGUGGUCCUGUACUCCGCACAACGUCACGGCGCAGGCCCCGCCCCGUCGCCGAUAGCCGCUGGGCACGGAGAAGGUAAAACAGCCCCCCAGCGCACGCUGAGCCGGGUCUCCAUAAUGCUGCUGCUGAGCAGAGCUGUGGCCCCAGGGCUCCGACAGGCCUGCAGACUCAAGUCAACCCCGGCAAGGCUCUGCAUUCGGGCCUGCUGUACAAAUGAUUCAUUUCAGCCCCAGCGCCCCAGCUUCACCUUCUCUGGUGGUAACUCCAGCACCAGGAGAUGGAGAGUCGUGGGGACGCUGCUAGGCCUCGGGGCAGUGUUGGCCUGUCAUGACCAGCAGUGCAGGGCUUCUCAAGAGUCACCACGCAGAUAUACCAGGGAGGAAGUGAAAUCCCACAGCAGCCUUGAGACUGGGGUCUGGGUGACUUUAGGCUGUGAGGUCUUUGAUAUCACAGAAUUUGUGGACAUACAUCCAGGGGGGGCGUCAAAGCUGAUGCUAGCAGCCGGGGGUCCUUUAGAGCCCUUCUGGGCCCUCUAUGCUGUUCACAACCAGCCCCAUGUGCGAGAGAUGCUAGCUGAGUACAAGAUUGGGGAGCUGAGCCCUGAUGACAAGGCACCCUCCGUCCUGAAGACCUCUGAUCCUUAUGCGGACGAUCCCACACGUCACUCAGCUCUGAAGGUCAACACCCAGCGCCCCUUUAAUGCGGAGCCGCCCCCCGAGCUGCUGACAGAAAACUACAUCACACCCAACCCUAUCUUCUUCACCCGGAAUCAUUUGCCUGUACCUAACGUGGACCCAGACACCUAUCGCCUGAAUGUAGCAGGGCCACCAGGGGGUCAGUCGCUGUGCCUGUCCCUGGAUGACUUGUACCAGUUCCCUAAGCACGAGGUCACCGUCACUCUGCAGUGUGCUGGCAACCGGCGCUCCGAAAUGACUCAGUUCAAAGAAGUAAGAGGUCUGGAGUGGAGUUUAGGGGCCAUUAGCACUGCGCGCUGGGCUGGGGCACGGCUUUGUGAUGUGUUAGCCCAGGCUGGUCACCAGCUCUGUGAAACUGAGGCCCAUGUCUGCUUUGAGGGCCUGGAUUCAGACCCUACAGGGACUCCCUAUGGAGCAUCCAUUCCUCUGGCUCGGGCCAUGGACCCUGAAGCUGAGGUCCUGCUGGCAUAUGAGAUGAAUGGGCAGCCUCUGCCUCGUGACCACGGCUUUCCUGUGCGAGUGGUGGUUCCCGGUGUGGUGGGUGCCCGCCAUGUCAAAUGGCUGGGCAGAGUGAGCGUGGAGCCAGAAGAGAGUUUCAGCCACUGGCAGCGGCGGGAUUACAAAGGCUUUUCUCCGUCUGUGGACUGGGACACUGUAGACUUUGACUCGGCUCCAUCGAUCCAAGAACUUCCAGUCCAGUCAGCCAUCACACAGCCCAAAGAAGGGGAGACGAUAGAGGCAGGGGAGGUGACUGUCAGAGGCUACGCAUGGAGUGGAGGAGGAAGAGCUGUGGUCAGGGUGGAUGUGUCUCUGGAUGGGGGCCUAACCUGGCAAGUGGCUGAGCUGGAAGGAGAGGAGCAGCGUGCCCGAAAGGCCUGGGCCUGGCGGCUAUGGCACCUGCAAGCCCCUCUGCCAGCUGGGAAAAAGGAACUGAACAUUGUUUGUAAGGCUGUAGAUGACAGCUACAAUGUGCAGCCAGAUACUGUGGCCCCAAUCUGGAACCUACGAGGGGUGCUCAACAAUGCCUGGCACCGCGUCCAUGUCCAUGUCGCCCCAUGAGAAGGUGAAACAGAGCCACAUUCCGAGCCCCUUUCCAUACCCAUUCUUUGGCCUCAUUACCGCAAAAAAUCUUUUCCCUCCACCUCCUUUCCAUGUCUUGGAUCACAGCCCUGACUAUGCAUUCUGAAGCCACACACAAAUACAUUCCUCACACAUAUCCACCCAAGCACUCACCCCUCCUUGGAUACUAUGUUAUAGUCACAGGCCACUGACCCUGUGCCAGAAGGUAAGAGCUAUUGGAGCAAAGGGCUGGAAGCAGGAAAAGUAAUUCUGGAAAUAAGCACUAUUUUCUCUAUCUACCCUAUCUCCAUUUCUAAUGACUGUCACCACUGAAUCCUUAUUUUGCCUUUGCCCUUGGGAUUCUUCAAAGAAUGUGUGUAUAUGUAACUUUUCACCACCUCUAGGUUGCCAAGGGCUGUGAAGAGCGCAACACAACCCUCUCCCUUUAUAGUUCCACUUUUCUAAAUACAUCAAUAAAAUAUCUGUUUAAGACUA